AUGAGGACACAUCAGCUGGAGAGCAUAGGAAGGUGCAAGACAAUGCUUUGUGUGGACAUGCAGCUCAACACCAACGUCCUGCUGUCCACCAUGAGCUCUUGGGAGUCCACGCAAGGCCACCUUGUGUUUUCUCCAGUGGUCAUUGACAGUCAUCCCCGUGUGCCGUUUCCACCUCACUUCCUGAUACCUGAGGGAAACACCACCAAGAACAUUCCUGGGGUCACCGAUGAGAUCGCCGAGCUGCUGACGGGAGAGAGCGGAAGCCCGAGUGGUCUUAUUGUUGUUGUCAAACAAGAGAUAAAAGAGGAAGAAGAUAAGGUUGGCGUGAUGGACAAGUUUAUAGAAGGACACGAGGAUCUCAACCAGAGCGUCGUGACGACACCAUCCUUGGACAGAAAUUCUCCAGGGAGUUGUCCCAGUCCUCGUUCCUCGGAUUGUACACCGGAAGAUCACAACUACACACAUCAUGAUCAGAAUGAGAAACCCCUGGACAUAAAGGUUGAGGUGAAAGAGGAAGAGGAGGAGACGGAUGUGAGAAAUGAUCAGCAGUCUAUGGAGGAGGAUGGAAUUAAAGUGAUCGUUAAAGAGGAGGAAUCUUCCCCGGAGAUCAACUCAGAUGGACACGAUGCCCAUGACCGUCCUCACACGGAGGAGCAUCCAUUUUCCUGUCCAGAGUGUGGGAAAUGUUUUGCCUCUGGAGCAGAUCUUGAUAGACAUCAAAGACGUCACAGUGAAGUGUGUCCCUAUACAUGUGCGGUGUGCGGGAAAUGUUUCCAGAAGAGGCCGCAGUUUACCAGACACAUGAGGAAUCACACAGACGAGAGGCCUCAUUCGUGCUCGGAGUGCGGUCGGUGUUUUAAAUUGAAGAGUCACCUGAUGGCACAUUUCAGACUUCACACCGGGGACACCCCUUUCUCAUGUGUACAUUGCGGAAAAGCUUUCACGUCCAGAUCGCGGCUUUUCAGACAUCAAAUGUAUCACAUCGGGGUGCGCCCCUAUUCAUGUUCGGAGUGCGGGAAGGCUUUCACCGAGAAGUUCAUGCUCGUCCAUCAUAUGAGAGUUCACACCGGUGAGAGGCCCUAUCCGUGCCCGGAGUGUGGUCAACGUUUUAAAGACAAAAGUGUUCUGAAGGGACAUCUCAGGGUUCACACUGGAGAGACUCCCUUCCCAUGUCCUGUGUGCGGGAAAUGUUUCACUCGGAAAGAUAUUCUCACCAUACACCAGCGGAGUCACUUGGAGAAACUGCCGUACACGUGCGAAGAGUGCGGGAAAGGUUUUACAUGGAAGAGUACCUUCAUCAGUCACCAGAAAACACACACUGGCGAGCAGCCCUUUUCCUGUUCAGAAUGCGGCAAACGGUUCAGCCAAAGAUCUUCUCUUGCACAGCAUCGGAAACUGCACUCAGAUGAAGGCUUGUUGUCAUGUUCAGAGUGCGGGAAAUCCUUUGAGACAAAGUAUGAGCUUGGCGUCCAUCGGAGAGGCCACACAGGUCAGGAGAUCUUUUCAUGCACGGAGUGCGAGAGGUGUUUUUUGCAGAAAGGACACCUCCUUAUCCACCAGAGAAGUCACACGGGUGAGCGCCCUUAUACUUGUCCAGAUUGUGGCAAAUCUUUCUCCCGGAAAGGAAACCUCCUUACGCACCAGAGGAUUCACACAGGUGAGCGUCCGUUUUCCUGUUCGGAGUGUGGGAAAAGUUUCCCCCAGAAAGGAUAUCUCAUCCAACACCAGAAAAGUCACGAGGGCGACCGUCCUUUCUCCUGCUUGGAGUGCGUGAAGUCCUUCAAAACAAAAUCAGAACUCCUCCUCCACCAAAGAGGUCACACCGGCGAGCAGGUCUUCUCCUGCCUGGAGUGCGAAAAGUCCUUCCUGAAGAAAUGGCAGCUCGUUGAACACCAGAGGGUUCACACCGGCGAGAAGCCCUUUUCCUGCUCCGAGUGCGGAAGGAAUUUUUCGCACAAAGCCAGCCUGAAAACCCACCAGAAGCUCCACACCGGGGAGAAGCCGUAUUCCUGUUCCGAGUGCGGGAAAUGUUUCCACCAGAAGGGACAUUUGACUAAGCACUAUAAAACCCACAACGGCGAGAAGCCGUUCUGCUGCCCGCAGUGUGGGAAAUGCUUCAUAUGGAGAGGAGACCUCCUUCGACACCAGAGAUGUCACACGGGCGAGCGACCUUUUUCAUGUUUGGAGUGCGGGAAAUGUUUCACGCAGAAGGCUAACCUUAUCGUGCACGAGCGGUUUCACACCGGCGUGCGGCCGUACUCUUGCUCUGAGUGCGGCAAAUGUUUCACCAGGAAAGGAGACCUUCUGAGACACCAGAGAACUCACACGGGCGAGCGUCCUUUUUCGUGCCUGGACUGCGGGAAAAGCUUCACGCAAAAAGCCAGUCUCAUUCUGCACGAGCGGCUUCACACCGGGGUGCGGCCGUAUUCUUGCUCUGAGUGCGGGAAAAGUUUUACUCAGAAAGGAGACCUUCUUACGCACCAGAGCAGCCAUAUGGUCGAGCGUCCUUUUUCAUGCGCGGACUGUCAGAAGACAUUCAAAAAGAAAUCUGAACUUGUUCUACACCAGAGAGUCCACACCGGGGAGACUUUUGCGUGCUCGGUGUGCGGCAAAUCAUUCACAAAGAAAUAUAAACUUGUUACCCACGAGAGGGUCCACACGGGAGAGAAGCCCUUUCCUUGUUCCGAGUGCGGCAAAUGUUUUUCAAUUAAAGGGAACCUUAGUAAGCAUAUGAAGUGCCACACCAGUGAGAAGCCAUUUUCCUGUGCCACGUGCGGGAAAGGCUUCACCUUUAAAAACAGUUUUGUCAGACAUCAGAAGGUCCACUCUGGGGAGAACGUGGGUCCUCCAAGUGCAGCAAAUGUUGAAGAGCAAAACCAAAAGCCAAUACUCCCCUGAGAGUCCUAUGGAACCAUUUUUAUGUUCAGUGUAUGGAAGUUGCUCUAUGUCCAUCCCCGCAAGACUCCACACUAGUGAGGUGC